AUCGAUACAUAGGUGACGGACGGAUGCCCCAGUCUUUACCGCUCAACGAUCCAUUUCCAGCCGGAGGAGGCUGCUGAAGAGGGCUCCACUAACCAGCCGCACCGACCCUCGAGCUGAAAGUUCAGCGGUGAUAGAGGGGCGCCCAAUGGAUCAUGGUGGCCAGCUUGAAACGGGGGCCAGAGAGAUGUCACAGGGUCGCGUUGCUCCGGAUGAACUUUGUGAUAACUCGCCCGCCCCUGAAACUCCCGCCGCCCAAACUCGAAACCUGAACGAAGCGAACGCUCUCGCACAGACGCUCUCUCCUUUGCAAUAUGAAGAGGGAGAAAGGUGUGGCCUGAUCCAAAAAUCCAGCCUCAACAACAAUGGCAAGGAGGAGGAGGAGGAGGAGGAGGUCAAACAGUUAGACAAGACAGACAAAGGACAAAGCAGAGAUGAAGAUGAGGAGGAAGACACUGACGAAGUGAUGAAAGAGGAGGACGAAUCAGAAGAGUCGGGUUCUCUGAUUCGAUGCCAUUCUCCAGACACUCCCAUGACCGACUCCUCAUAUUCAGAAACUGGCAGCCUUUUGGAGACUUCCUGUGCUUGCAGCCCUGGAACCAGCCCAGAGCCCACAUCCCCCGUGACUCCAGUGGUCUCCCCAGUGGAGCACAGCCAGCGUGAUGCUGAAGCGCACACCUCCAGCACGAGACCAGGUGCCUCUCCCACAGAGCCCGGUCCCUGCACACGGGGGCCUGCCGUCACCACGGGGCCUGCAGAGUCUGCUUCUCAAACUGGAACAUUGGCGUCUUGUGUCCCAGAGGCCACUGACAGGAAAGCAAAAACAACAGACUCCACAACCACACAGCUUACCUCAUCCGCAGAGCCUUGCAGUCAAGGGUCUGCCAGUUCUUAUGCAGGACCUGUGGCCUCGGCAGCAGAAGAGCCCACCUCCACCACCGGAGCUCCUCCUGUCACGACAGGACCUGCAUCCUCAAAUUGGGAAAAUACUUGCCCCUCAGUUUCCCCCUGCACCACAGAGCCCCUGUCAAGCCCGGCUCUGCUGGAGUCUCUGGAGCAGCUGACCCAGAGAGGAGACGACUCCCACCUCCCACAGCACCUCCACCAGAUCGCUGAGGCCUUUGUCCACCACCAAGACUACCAGCGGGCAUUAUGGUGCAUCCAGCUAGAGAAACUCUAUCACCAGAGAGUUCUGGACAACCUGAAGGCUCUUCAGGAGCAGUGGGAGAGUCGGUGUGAAAAGACAUCCUUUGGCUUGGAAACCAAACAACUGGAUUCUCUCAAACACAUUUGCCAGACACACACACGACCGAGGACAGAAGAUGCUGAGUGUACAUCUUGGGACCUUUUGAGAGAUACGUUUGAAGAAGGUAGUGCAGUGCCUUCAUGUUCCUCAGCCAAUCAGAUGGAAGGAGUGAUGAAGCAGAGAGUGGAAGAUGCAUCUUGUCCAGUCACGCCCUCCGCUGAUUUUCCGGAAAAUCUAAAUGCUCUAGAAACUGAGAGGAACGACCCAGACGGUGUUGAUGAGUCUCCACAGGCCAACAAGCAGCCCACCGACCAGGAGGGAGACGAGGCAGAAGGAGGGGUGGGACACACUACUGCAGUCGUAGGAAAUGGGCUGCACCCCCGUACAACUGGAGAAAUGGAUCAGUCCGUGCCUGCAGAGCAGCAGGGACAAGAUUUAGAUCCGGCACAAGAAAAGGAGGUAAAGUCGGAGGAAGAGAGGGACGUGGAGGAGGCAGAAGAGGCUUUGGAGAUGGAAGAUGAGGGCGAGGAGGAAGGGGAAGAGGAGAACCAGGAGGACGGAGAGUGUUUAGUUGUGCAGGAAGCUUUACCGGUGGAGACUUUGGGCAGUAGUACAGCGGUCAGAGUCCAACCACUGCACCAGGAUACCUUAACUCAGGAGAAUCUAUACAAGGAGACCCAGCUCUGCCAAGAGACACAGGAAAGCAGUAAACCCGGCCUGGUCCAGGAAGUGCAUCUCCCUCAGGAGGCUGAUAUGAAGCAGCAGGAACCAGAGGCAGAGGAGAAGGAGGACGAAGAGGAAUAUGAGGAUUAUGAAGAAGACCAAGCUCGCAUCAUCAGAGAAGCUCCCACGCUGGACGAAAUGGCCAAGCUCAUCACUGUAGAGGAGGUAUCUCCUGCCUCUGGCCUGACCUCCAUAUUGAAGAAGCGAAGCAUUUGUACAGAGAACUUAAGCAUAUCUGCCAGGUCAGAAUCCCGACCCGAAAAACCCACUGCCAAGAGACGCGUCCGCUUCAAAGUUCCCGACGAAGGCUACGAGCACGACGUUGGCAGUGGAGACUCCUGUCUGCUUCUUGUCCUCCUCUGUCUGGUUACCGUAGUGAUCAGCGUCGGCGGCACUGCCCUUUACUGCGCGUUGGGCAACGCUCAGUCCUCCGUCUGUCAGGACUUCUCCAAAAAUGCAGACUUUUACUUUGACCAGAUACAACGCGGGAUCGCUCAAGUCCAGCACUGGUUUGCUCUGGGAUCGUAGCAGAAAACAGUUUGUCGUCAAUAUAAAACCUCUGGCAUCGUCUGUGCAGAUAUCUUUACUUCCUACUUCUUCCUGGGACAUUAUUUUCUUAGGUAGUGGUGCCAGGCAGUGGCGAAAGUCCCCACUGCAGCGUGGAGUAUUCUUAACUGAGCAUCUACAGUUUAUCACACACAGCUGGCCUUUUUCAAGCCUAUUUUUGAUUCUCUGCAAAUGAAACUGCAAGAUUCACUGGGAGACCCGGCAUCACAUUACAGUACUUCUUUUGAAGGGAAACUGGCACAAAGCGACGAGACUGUAAAAUGAACCGAAGACAAAGGACUGUCCUGCCGCUUUCUCAGAAAUGUCCACAAUCAAUAGGUCACAGAUCUUCACGGGUCAGAGGUACGGGCUUGUGAGAGCUGUGAUUCGGAGAAUUCAGUCGUUAGUUUGAGAAAUGAACCAUGACUUCACACAGGACAACAGAAUUUAAAAAAAAGAAAAGAAAAGCAGCAGCAUCAACAACAGCAGCUGCUACUGUGAGGCAUAAAAACUAAAAAACAAAAGAAAAAAUCAAAUUCAUGUAAAGUUUUUAACUCUGAAACACAUGAAUGCUCUCACCAUACACGAUGCACAAAUGAGCAGAGAUCCUGUGGGAAUGUUUUACAAACUGCUGCAACCACGAUGUUGUCUUCUCACUGUUUUUUUUUUUUUUUAAUUAAUUUUGUCUUUUUAAUGCAAGUGGAAAUUGAAAAAAAAUGAACAAAUCAUUGAUUCUCAACUUUGAAUGAAAUCAUCAUGUCUUAAUUCUUUUGAUUGAAUGUUUGGACUAUAUAUUGUAAAGCAUCAGUCUGUGUGAAUUGGGCUAUGUUCCUUGGGGUAUGUUCCUCAUGAAUAGUGCUGAAAAGGUCCUUUCUGCUAUCAUCUUAACUCAGCUGCUAAUGGAAAACAUGAGUAUCAGAACUGUUCUAUAGAGAAAAACAUUUUGACCUGUAUUUGAUAUCUGUGAUUUGAGCUGAAGUGUUUGCAGUGAGCGGUUACAGGAGAACUUUUUAUCAUUUGUGAUACGGUCUUUAGUUCCUCUUUCUGUACGAUUAGCAGCAUUGGGUUUACAUUGAGGUGCUUGGCCGGGGAGACUAAGGGCCCUGUUUUACACCCAGGAAAUCACCAGUGUCUUUUCCAGUUUUAAAGCCCGGGUGGUUCAAAUGGCAAAUAUGUUGGCAUUUUAAAAGAGCAGAAUUAUUAUAUGCCUCUAUAAAACGGUACAGUGAUUUCAUUUACUUAACAAGUGACUCCCAUCAUGUCGGAUAGAAAAAACCUCACCUCAGACAGGUGAACUUCACAGCAGGUGUCUUUGCUCCUGAUCUCUGCCAGUCGUAACUUUACUUGUGUGUGUUAGUGGAUCUGUUUCACUUCCAGGUGAUCUGUCACCCUGUGCGGGUUGUAUCCUGCCUCUCUCCCAUUGACAGCUGGGAGUGGCUCUUAAAUUUCAUAAAACCUGUAAAGUAAAUGGAGUUGUUUCCUGAAGGCAUUGUCAGUACUGUCAUCUUAAAAGCAAUGCACCAAAGUGCCAGCAUCCCUGCCCCUAAAGGGAACGCUAUAGAUGGCAUUCUGAUUGGUUCAUUUGAUCUCACGGUUAUGAAUAUGACUAUAUUUAAUUUGAGCUCAGCUGUAUGUUGCACAGGGAUUAUCCAUGGUUUGGGAAGCAUAAUUGGACUAGGAUACACACACGUUGUUAAAUCAGAGCCCUGACUGUACUAGCUCCCGAUUGUUUCCCCCCCCUUCUCUUUUUCUUUCUGUCAGAGCCAGCUCUAGCCCUGUGUAGCAUAUGCAACAUGCACAGUUACACAAUGCAUCUCUGUAUAUACCGUCAAAAAAAUGCUGAACAUGUUGCACAAAUGACUGGUACAUUUUAUUUUCAAGAUAUUGCAAUAUUUCUACAGACAUUGUGUUGCUGCUCAUAGACAGGCUUGAUAAAUUCGCCACUAACAGAUUAUUCAAAUCCAACCCUGUACCCUCCACUGGAACAGGAGAGGCUAUGGAUAAGCUGCUGUGGCUCUGUAAGGAAUAUUUUAAUCAUAAGAUAUUGGAAACAAUAUUGACGUUGUGUGUAUAUAAUCACUACAGGCCCUAAUGUGGAUGGGAUCAUUUGAAGCACUUGCUGCCUGUGUGUUUGCUGUUU